AUGUCACCACCUCUGCGGGCCCUCUUUUUCCUGGCCCUGGGCCUGGGGCUGGCUGGAACCCUCAACCCCAAGGACCCCAACACCUGCAGCUUCUGGGAAAGCUUCACCACCACAACCAAGGAGUCGCGCUCCCGCCCCUUCAGCCUGCUCCCCUCGGAGCCCUGUGACCGGCCCUGGGAGAGCCCGAACACCUGCCCCCAGCCCACGGUUGUCUACCGGACCGUGUACCGCCAGGUGGUGAAGACAGAGCACCGAAUGCGCCUGCAGUGCUGUCGGGGCUUCUAUGAGAGCAGCGGAGCCUGUGUCCCGCUUUGUGCUCAGGAGUGUGUUCAUGGCCGCUGCAUGGCACCCAAUCAGUGCCAAUGUGUGCAAGACUGGCGGGGCGACGACUGCUCCAGUGCUUGUGCCCCGGGAGUUUGGGGGCCACAGUGUGACAAGCCCUGCAACUGCGGCAACAGCAGCUCCUGUGACCCCAAGAGUGGGGCAUGUUCCUGUCCCUCUGGGCUGCAGCCUCCACACUGCUUUCGGCCCUGCUCCCCUGGCCGCUAUGGCCCUGCCUGCCAGUUCAGCUGCCAGUGCCAUGGGGCACCCUGUGACCCCCAGACCGGAGCCUGCCUCUGCCCCCCAGAGAGAACUGGGCCCAGCUGUGAGGUGUCCUGUUCACAGGACGGUGUUGGCUUCUCCUGCCCCAGCACCCCUCCUUGCCAAAACGGGGGUGUCUUCCAGGCCUCUCGGGGCUCCUGCAGCUGCCCACCUGGAUGGAUGGGCACCAUCUGUUCCCUGCCCUGCCCCGAGGGCUCCUAUGGACCCAACUGCUCCCAGGAAUGUCGCUGUCACAACGGAGGCCUCUGCGACCGGUUCACCGGGCAGUGUCGCUGCGCUCCGGGAUACACAGGGGACCGGUGCCGUGAGGAGUGCCCCGUGGGCCGCUUCGGGCAGGACUGUGCUGAGACUUGCGACUGCGCCACGGGCGCCCGCUGCUUCCCGGCCAACGGCGCGUGUCUGUGCGAACACGGCUUCACUGGGGACCGCUGCGCCGAACGUCUCUGCCCCGACGGCCUCUAUGGCCUCAGCUGCCAGAUGCCCUGCACCUGCGACCCGGAACACAGUCUCAACUGCCACCCGAUGAGCGGGGAGUGCUCUUGCCUGCCGGGCUGGGCGGGCCUCCACUGCAACGAGAGCUGCCCGCAGGACACGCACGGGCCCGGCUGCCAGGAGCACUGCCUCUGCCUUCACGGCGGCGUCUGCCAGCCCGACAGCGGCCUCUGCCGGUGCGCGCCCGGCUACACGGGCCCGCACUGCGCUAGCCUCUGUCCCCCUGACACCUAUGGAGUCAACUGCUCCGCACGCUGCUCCUGCGAAAAUGCCAUCGCCUGCUCGCCCAUCGACGGCGCCUGCGUCUGCAAGGAAGGUUGGCAGCAUGGUAACUGCUCCAUGCCCUGCCCGCCUGGAACCUGGGGCUUCGGUUGCAAUGCCAGCUGCCAGUGUGCCCACGAGGCAGCCUGCAGCCCCCAAACUGGAGCCUGUACCUGUACCCCUGGGUGGCACGGGACCCACUGCCAGCUCCCCUGCCUGAAAGGGAUGUUUGGUGAAGGCUGUGCCAGUCGCUGUGACUGUGACCAUUCUGAUGGCUGCGACCCUGUUCACGGACACUGCCAGUGCCAGGCUGGCUGGACAGGUACCCGCUGCCACCUGCCCUGCCCUGAGGGCUUCUGGGGAGCCAACUGUAGCAACACCUGCACCUGCAAGAACGGAGGCACCUGCAUCCCUGAGAAUGGCAAUUGUGUGUGUGCACCUGGAUUCCGAGGCCCCUCCUGCCAGAGAUCCUGUCAGCCCGGCCGCUACGGCAAACGCUGUGUGCCCUGCAAGUGUGCUAACCACUCCUCCUGCCACCCUUCGAAUGGGACCUGCUACUGCAUGGCUGGCUGGACAGGCCCUGACUGCUCCCAACCGUGCCCUCUAGGACACUGGGGGGCCAACUGUGCCCAGCUCUGCCAGUGUCGCCAUGGUGGGACCUGCCACCCCCAGCAUGGGAGUUGUUUCUGCCCCCCAGGCCGGACCGGACAUCUCUGCUUGGAAGGCUGCUCUCCAGGGGUGUUCGGUGCCAAUUGUUCCCAACCAUGCCAGUGUGGUCCCGGAGAGAGGUGCCAUCCAGAGACUGGGGCCUGUGUGUGUCCCCCAGGGCACAGUGGUGCCCCCUGCAGGAUCGGAAGCCAGGAGCCAUUCACCAUGAUGCCUACCUCUCCAGUGGCCUACCACUCACUCGGGGCAGUGAUUGGCAUUGCAGUGCUGGGAUCCCUGGUGGUGGCCCUGGUGGCGCUGUUCAUUGGCUACCGCCAUUGGCAAAAAGGCAAAGAGCACCAGCACCUGGCAGUGGCCUACAGCAGCGGGCGACUGGACGGCUCUGAGUACGUCAUGCCAGAUGUCCCUCCGAGCUACAGUCACUACUACUCCAACCCCAGCUACCACACCCUGUCACAGUGCUCACCUAACCCCCCGCCCCCUAACAAGGUUCCAGGCAGUCAGCUCUUUGCCAGCCUCCAGGCCCCUGAGCGGCCAGGUGGAGCCCACGGGCAUGAUAACAACCACGCCACACUGCCUGCUGACUGGAAGCGGCGCCGGGACCCCCCUCCAGGGCCUCUGGACAGGGGUAACAGCCGCCUGGACCGAAGCUACAGCUGUAGCUACAGCAACAGGAAUGGCCCAGGCCCCUUCUACGGUAAAGGGCCCAUCUCUGAAGAGGGGCUGGGGGCCAGCGUGGCUUCCCUGAGCAGUGAGAACCCCUACGCCACCAUCCGGGACCUGCCCAGCCUGCUAGGGAGCCCCCGAGAGAGCAGCUACAUGGAAAUGAAAGGCCCUCCCUCAGGGUCCCCCCCCAGGCAGCCGCCUCAGCUCCGGGACAGCCAGAGGCGGCGACCCCCCCAGCCAGAGAGAGAUAGUGGCACCUAUGAGCAGCCCAGCCCCCUGACCCAUGACCGAGACUCCGUGGGUUCCCAGCUCCCUCUGCCUCCAGGCCUGCCUCCUGGCCACUAUGACUCACCCAAGAACAGCCACAUCCCUGGACACUAUGACUUGCCUCCAGUACGGCAUCCCCCGUCACCCCCACUUCGGCGCCAGGACCGUUGAGGAGCCAAGAUGGUGUGCAGAGGUCAGCACACCGGUUCUUUGCUGCUCAAGGCUGAGGACAGAACCCCCUGUACCCUGCCAGGAGCAGGGAGAGGGCUGGCCGGCCAUGAACACGAACAUGUUUAAUAGAGGAAGUGAAUGCAGAGGAGAUGGGAGCCUGGCUCCCAGGUUUUACCAUGGGAAACACUGGUCAGCAGGAAACCUGUGUUCCUUUUCCCCAACCCAUUGCUCCCCAAGGCCCCCAGGGCCCUGUAUACAUAAACUGGUGGGUUGAAUGUUGCUGGAUAACUCUGAUUUCAGAUUGCUGUAAGAAGUGUAUAUUGGGUAACUUUUCUGUGCACUCCCGGGCUAGGCUCUGUGUGUGCGUGCACGCGUGUUUUCAGAGGGUUACCAGGCACUGAUCCUGUCCUGGGGCACUCACUAUAUAGUGGAGAGGCAGCCCAAACCCAGUUAACUCUAGAAAUAGCGUUACUGGCCUCCCUGCAUUCAUUUGGUACUUCCGCCAACCAACUGCUUCAAAAUACAAGCUGGUUAGGU